CGGGUCCCACUUAUCCACGUACACACGGUCGCUAUGAGCGUCGUCGGCCUUGUCGUCUUGGCGGCGCUACUCGUGGAGGCUCUCGCAGGUCAGAACCAUGUACGAAUCCCACGUGUUGGAAGUCGUACAUAUACAUUUGGCUGAGGCGAGAACCUUACUAUGUGCGUCCGUGUGUCCGUGGCGAUAUGAUCAUCCUCUCCUGUCGUUUGUCCAGGAUCGAAGGGGUCUCCGUGCAAAGGAGCGAUCGAGAGGCUUGGCAGCAGUGAGGGCGGAUGGGAGAUUCGCACGGCGGAUGACAGACUUGACGGCCCUUUUGUGGUAUACAGCAUUGGUCUUGGUAAGUGACCGAGCGACCUUUUGAAUAGAUUCUUGAAAGAAGUGUUGUUUCAGCUGAUGAUACUUCUUUCGACGAAGAAAUACUGGAGCGCUUCGAGAAAGCUGAAGUUUAUGGAUUUGACCCGACACCAACUUCCAAAGCCUAUGUUCAGCGACGCAUCAAAAGAGGAGCGCUGCCUCGUGACCGCUUUCUUCUUUCUUUUCGGUCGGCCUUGGUCCCGAGAGUGGCCCAAUGGAUCUUGUCACAAAGAAGAAAACUGGUGAAAAUCUCGUGCCCGAAAAAGGGAGUCUUCAGGGUCUUAAGGGAAGAUUCACUUUUUUGACCAGUAAACAAACUAUUGAAGUCGACUUUUUAGAUUUAAAAGCGAUGAUCCACAAAUGCGGACACGAUCGGAGUCCAGACGUUCUAAAGAUGGACAUCGAGCGCUGGGAGUUUGAUGUCUUCGAGAAACUAAUCGAAGAUGGAGACGUUCUCAAAUCUACAUCACAACUGUUGGUCGAAUGGCAUCAUCGGUUUUUUGAGGAAGGGGUCGGACGCACUCUUAAGCUGUUGAAGAAGCUUGAUGAUGAAUUUGGUUUCAAAGUGAUUGCUCAUACGAGGGACUACCAGGAAACAACACUACUGAGGGUUGACAAGUAGUUACACUCCCUUUCUCAUGAAGUCGACACGAACGCAUGACAACACCGUAACGAUCUGUCCAUGGCACCCAGACAAUACAGUCCCAUGAGCCAUGGCCAAUUGCCGUCGCGAGUAUGUGCCUUGAAUGAUUUUUCUCACCUGCAUGUCGUCUCGGCAAAUGCCAUUUUUUUGUUUUUUUACUUUUUGUUUUUCUAUCUUCUCUAGUGUGGAAGUACGUUAACGGCAAAUACCAAUACAAUGCCCGGAAGAUGCCCGAUCAACAGCGUCUAAUAAUUGGCUUUCGUGCGUUACUCGGAGGGCUCGACACUAUAUUCACAGACCUGUACAGGUCCCGCCAAUGUUCGUCUCAUCCGAGACCGUAGCUCCUGGGGGAGGACGGAUGAGACCGUAG